GGCGGGAGGGAGGAGAGGAGGACCCAGAGAGCGCCAGGCAGCUGGAGUUUUGCAGCGCUUGGCCGGGCUUCAAUGCACAGCAGCAGCGAGCCGCGGCGGCAGCAGGCAGCCCGGGAGCUCCGGCGGCGGCCGAGCCAGAGGCGGCCCCGCUCCCUGCCCCCUGCAAACUUUGCUAGCAGUCCGCCCGGGGGGCCGGGGACGCGCCUGGGAGGCUCGGCUUGGACCACGGCCGCACUCUUGGCCGCCGCAGCGCUAGCCGCCGCCGUCGCUGCUACCACCGCAGCUCCGCGCCUCCCCAGGGAGCUGCUGGCGGCUUCCGAGGCCCCCCAGCCCCGGCCCCUGGGCACUGCCCGGCUAGUCCCCGGCCAGGGGUGGGAGCAACAGCGGCGCAGUCAGCCCUGGGCUGCCAGGGGGUGGCCGUCACUGCCCAGGGAGACGCGCAGAGGCUCGCAGAGCGCUCCCCGGCGGGUCCCCAACGUACUCGCCGCCGCGCCCGGGCAGCGGCCCGACCCGGCUAGCAUGGGCGGCGCGGAGUGACGCCGCCGUGCCCGCUUGGCAUCAAGGACAUUCAGCCCGCGGGGGUGGGGACGAAGGGGGGCAGCCCCGCGUCGCCGCCGCAGCCCCUGAGAGCCACCGCUGUCGUUGCUUGGGCUCCGGGGCUGGAUGGAGGAUAGGGGUGCUUGGAAUUGAUCUACAUUUUCUGACCUUUUUGUUGGACAUUACGCCCACCUUGGACGCUGCAAGAGGAGCUGUCAAGCCCGGCAGGCUCUGAUUUGGCCCCCUCCGUUUUUCUCUGCUGCUCGUGGCUUCCCCGUGCCUUGGUGGAGUAUUUGCGUUCGGGGCUGGGGCUGGAGGAGGCAGCCACACGCGCGCACACGCACACGUUCAGAGGAGGGCGAGAGGCAGCGGUACAGGCACCAUCUGCAGUGUCAAUGCGGCGCUGGGGCUGAAGGAGGGAAACGCCGCGCUUCCAGGGGAGACAGCCCUGCUGAGUCCUGGCCUCCCGAAAGGGACGGUUGUGCUGGAGUGCCGCUGUGUCUGAUAGGACCUGUGUCUGAAAUGAAAGCCAUGCCCUGGAACUGGACUUGCCUGCUCUCCCACCUGCUGGUGGUAGGGAUGGGUUCCUCUACCCUGCUUCCGCGCCAGCCACCCCAGAUGUCUCAGAAGCCCUCUUUUGUCACAUUCCGAGGGGAGCCCACCGAGGGCUUCAAUCACCUUGUGGUGGAUGAGAGGACAGGGCACAUUUAUUUGGGGGCUGUCAACAGGAUCUACAAACUCUCUAGUGACCUCAAGGUCUUGGUGACUCAUCAGACAGGGCCAGACGAGGACAACCCCAAGUGUUACCCACCUCGGAUUGUUCAGACCUGCAAUGAGCCCCUGGCCAGCACCAAUAACGUCAACAAGAUGCUGCUUAUAGACUACAAAGAAAACAGGCUGAUUGCAUGUGGGAGCCUAUACCAGGGUAUCUGCAAGCUCCUGAGGCUUGAGGACCUCUUCAAGUUGGGAGAGCCCUUUCACAAGAAGGAACACUACCUCUCGGGGGUUAAUGAGAGUGGUUCAGUCUUUGGGGUGAUCGUUUCCUACAGCAACUUCGAUGAUAAACUAUUUAUUGCCACAGCAGUAGAUGGCAAACCUGAAUAUUUUCCUACCAUCUCCAGCAGGAAGCUGACUAAGAACUCUGAGGCGGAUGGCAUGUUUGCUUAUGUUUUCCAUGAUGAAUUUGUGGCCUCUAUGAUUAAGAUCCCUUCAGACACCUUCACGGUUAUCCCCGACUUUGACAUUUACUAUGUCUAUGGUUUCAGCAGUGGCAACUUUGUCUACUUUUUGACCCUUCAGCCAGAGAUGGUGUCCCCCCCAGGUUCCACGACCAAGGAGCAGGUGUACACCUCAAAGCUUGUGAGGCUCUGCAAAGAGGACACAGCCUUCAAUUCCUAUGUAGAGGUGCCCAUUGGCUGUGAGCGCAGUGGGGUGGAGUAUCGCUUACUACAGGCUGCCUACCUGUCUAAGGCUGGUGCAGUGCUCGGCCGGACCCUGGGUGUCCGCCCAGAUGAUGACCUCCUCUUCACCGUCUUCUCCAAGGGCCAGAAGAGGAAGAUGAAAUCUCUGGAUGAGUCUGCCCUGUGCGUCUUCAUCUUGAAGCAGAUCAAUGAUCGCAUUAAGGACCGCCUACAGUCCUGUUAUAGGGGCGAGGGAACGCUUGACCUGGCCUGGCUCAAGGUGAAGGACAUCCCUUGCAGCAGCGCGCUCCUUACCAUUGAUGACAACUUCUGUGGCCUGGAUAUGAAUGCUCCUCUGGGAGUGUCUGAAAUGGUACGUGGCAUUCCAGUCUUCACAGAAGACAGGGACCGCAUGACCUCCGUCAUCGCAUACGUCUACAAGAAUCACUCUCUGGCCUUCGUGGGCACCAAAAGUGGCAAGCUAAAAAAGGUAUUGCAAAGGGCUACAGGCACCUUCUUCACACUUCCCUGGUAUCGUCAGUUAAGUUGCCUCCAAGAGGACCUUUGUGGAACUCACCAUUCCUUGUCUGGUUCUCUGCCUUUGCCACAUCUGUGCAUGCCAGUUGGUAAGCAGAGGGAGGGGCUGGGACAUCUUCCUUUUAAAGACAGUCAUCCCUCUCUGCAAGCUUUCCUUGUCUAGAUUAACGACAACAUCUGCAGAGCAGAGGUAUACUAGGACACACACAUGUCUUCAGGCAUCCAGGGAUUAUGGGCCAGCCAUGUUGUUACCCCUAUUUCAGUAACUUACGUGCGUGAGCACUCAACAGCAUGACCAUGACAAUACAUUACGUCAAGAAGUUAUUUUUAUCAAAGGCUCCAGCCUAACACCCUCUGCCAUGGGAAUAUUGUUUUCCCUGGUGGGAGAAAGAAGCUCUAUAGUGGCAUAGCUCCUGUGGCUAUGAGAACAGAGACCAACAUGUUGGCUCCAGAUAACUGAGCCCUUGAAAGAUUCUCAACCCCAGUGAGUUUCAAAUCAUUCCUUGCCCUGGAUGAAUCAGUGUGGUAUGAUCCAUGUGCGUGGAUUCCAGCCCAUUCUUUAAUACACUGGCUUGGUGCUUUCCUUACUCUAGGCAAGUGGUACUCAACUCUUGUCUGUAAUGAUUCAGAUGCCAUUAAUUCAAACCCACCAGGACAGUUGCUCGUUUGAUGUUCCCUUGGGGGAACAUUCCAGGAGGUCCCACUCUUACUGAUGUGGAACUCUCUGGGGGUCAGUGUGCAUUGAGGACAUCUGUUGAGGGUGGGGGAAAGUAAAAGAGAGAGAAAAAAAACAUCCUCUGGGCUCAGGCUGCAUGAGGGAACCAGAUCUGACUUGAAAAGAGCAGAGACUUGGAGGGGUAACAAAGCUCUCCAGAAGCUCUCCAGACUUGGUGAAUGCUAGGCUCAGAGGGUCUUCCCCUCAGGGAAAAGGACAACUGCUACCUCCUCUCGUGACUGGGCAAGACGAUCCUCCCUAGACCACUGCCUUAGUUUCCUCCCUUCAUGCAUGAGGAGAGAAUACAUGUUUUCUCUCAAUGACAGAAGCGAAUUGUUCCUAGGCAAUCCUCAAGUAACUAGGGUAGAGGAAACUGCAGAUCACAACCUGGAUUCACGUUGGUCUGAUUUCCUUUUGUUUUAGUUUCUUUUCAGUGUCAGAAUAUCACCUAAAUUAAACUUGCGGCACAGGCGUUGCAAGAUGUAAUAAGGUGUGUUGAAUGCAAAGGUCCCAAUGAAUAUAAAACGGCAUUGUUUAUAAAUAUUAGAUUUACAAGCAACUUUCCCCAACAUGCGUAUGCUGUGCUGUGUAGAACAGAGCAAGCAAGCCUGUGAUUAAGUAAUAAUGAUAAGAUUACAGCAAUUGGCACCACACUGAUGCUAAGUUUAUACCAUAACAAUUAGCCCUCAGAUGUGAUUUAAUACAGGCAGAAGCACAUACUUAAGAUCGGGUCUAAGAACUACUCAGAAAGCGAUCACAGAAAGUGUUCUGGGCUGGAGCCAUAAAAAUCGGGCCAGUAAACCUCCUUCAGCCAACCAGACAUUCUGUUAUUUGAUAAAACUAAUAAUGCAAAACUUAUUGCUAGAGCAGAAACGUCAUAAAAAUGUAGUAAAAAAUAAACAAGCACAUGGUUCUGGCAGAAGAGUUGAAAACAAGUGUGGAAAUUGAAGACAGCAAAGUAUAGCCAAGAAAGCGUCUUGGCAAGUGGGAAUGGGCGAUGUUCACAUGUAUUAGUGAAAAUUCUUGAGGAAUUUUGUGUGUUUUUCUCAUGUUUGAGCAAUAUUUUGGGAGGUGAUAUUUCAUACAUCCUUGCCUCUGUACCAAGAAUUUUCUCAUCCCAACCUUAUUUUGUAACAUACUUGGUUGGUGACGUCUGUUGCUAUGAUGGUGCCUUUUAGUAGAACUAUUUGAAGCUUGGAAAAACAAAGGAAAGAGGAAAAGGCUUGAAGGUUAUUAAGCCUCAGAAGCUUCAUUUUACCAGUGUUCUCCAAGUUAGCUUCCAUAACAUUCUGGAGGAGGAAGGGGUACUAUAACCCCACUUUACAGAGGAGGGAAGUAAAACUCUGGUGGGUGGGAGAUGGAUGUGGAUCCCUGCACAGCUCUAGGCUAGACCAUUAUACUCCUGCCUGGAGCAUCUCUUUUUGACAGAGGUGAGGAUAAAGUAAGUCAAGCCAAGGUUCAGACUCAGAUCCAUUGAUAGAAAAUUUGCCUUUGAUCUCAACCACUGCAUAAAGCUAGGCUUGGUGACAUCAACCUGUAAUCCCUGAGCUCAGGAGGUAAAGGCAAGAGGAUCAGAAGGCCAUGGUUAUCUAUUCCUGGUUACACCACAAGGGAGAGCUGAGUCCUCAGGUAGGACCUGCUGCUGGCCUGAUGAACUCACAACUUCCCAUAGUAGAAAAACUCUUUUCCUGUUUUCCUUUUCUAUUCAAAUUCCACCUGCCCAAGGGCCAUUUGGGGUUCAAAGACCAAGGUAUAGUAUUUCUAGCUUUAAAUCCUCUGCUUCAUCAUGGCCUCAUCAGAAGGCCCAGCUUCCUGCAAUCAGUCAGUGGCUCUCUCUGCAGUUGCAUCCAGAGAGGCAAGGUAAACCUCUUGUCUCAGAGCUCUACUCAGAAGCCCACUGCACAGCCUGGUUGGUACCUUAGGUUAGGCUUCCAUGGCUACCGAAUGAGGUGUCUGCCAGGCAGCAAAAGGCACAUAUAUGCCCUAUUCUAGGGCAGCCUAUUAGAGGAGGAGAAAGGAGACUGCAGUUUGGAGUCUGAAUGGGUUAGAGGCCUGCUUGGACCCUCAGAUGGUGGCCAGCAGGGAUGUUGUGAGAGGAAUACCAAAUUUCCCCCUGCAGGGGCCUAUUCCAACUGAAUGCAGCCUCCUUGCCCUUAAAUCCAAUUAAAGGCCAAUAUUAUGUCAGUGGAAAUGUAUGCCAAUCCUAAUAUAGUCUAAUAAGGCUUAAAAUAGCACUCUGCGAGUGGAAAGCCCUGUGGUUUAAUUUGAUUCGCAGCCCAAUAACAGGCUUAAUAAGAGGGAAUUGGCCCCCUUUUCUUUUCCAAUGCUCUUUUCUUCUUUUCUUUCUUUGCUUCCUCUUUUUCUUUUUCUGGAGCUUUCUGGAAUGACUGAGCAAAGGAGGAGCAAGGGAAAGAUGAGUACUCCUUUCCCUGUCAAGCUUCUAUUAGACAACCUCACAUUCCUGCUACCCAAGGGAAUGUGGAUCUGGCAUUGGACAAGCCCUCUAGGCCCUUUGCUUGGUCCUACAUUUAACUCAUGCCAUACCUGGACAAGAGGCAUUCUCUAUGCUUCCUGCCUCCCAUUGGAAAUAAGAUGGUGGAUGGAGGACAUAUUUCUACUCGCUGGAUGAGGGGCCUCACCACUCCCUUCUUUAUAGACCUUGGCUCUUACUUUCCUGACUAGUGAGGACAGUGACCAUUCACUGUUUCAGUGGCCCAUCAUGGCAGACUUCAGGAUGACUGGCCAUAGAUGAACCUUAAGAACAUGAUAGAGAUUGAUCCUGGAAUUUGCCUGUGGCUCAGCCUCCAACCAAGGAUUCUUAAACUUCAAAAACAGAGUUUUGUUAUUUGGUGUAUUUUUCUAAAAGCAUAAUAAAAUAUAAUUCACAUGCCAUAUAGUUUAUUCAUUUGAAGACAGUGUUCAAUGGUUUUUAUAAUUCAAUAGCUUUAACUACAUUUACAGAGUUGUACAGCCAUCACCGCAUUUGAUGUUAGAAUAUUUUUAUUAAUCUAAAAGUGAACUCCAUACCCUUUAGCCAUCACCUUCCAACUUACCAUGCCUCUCAGUCCUAAGCAACUACUGAUCCUCUUUGGCUAGACUUGUCAGUUUGGACAUUGUAUGUCAAUGACAUUAUAUAAUAUGUGACCUUUCGUGUCUGCCUUCUUUCAUUCGGCAUCAUAUUACUGAAGUUCAUCCACGUAUCUCAGCAGUUUGUUCCUUUUUAUUGCCAGAAAUAUUCCAUUAUAGGACUAUAGUAAUUCUACGUAUUCACUCCUCAUUUAUGGAGUUUUGGACCUUUAAAAAACUUUUGACAGUGUCUCACAUAGCCCAGGCUAGCCUCCAACUCACUAAAUAGCCAAGGCUACCCUUAAAGGAUCCUCUUGCCUCUGUCUGACAAGUGCUUGGAUUGAAGGCGUGUGCCAUCAUACCUGACUUGACUGUUGUUGCAUCACUUCCACUUUGAGCUUGUGGUGAAUGAUGCUUCUGGGAACAGUUACAGACAUGAGCUAUAUUUUCAUUCCUCGUAGCUGCAGACAUAGCAUUGUGAGGUCAUGUAGCAAUCUUUAUCUGCCCAUUUGAGGAAGACCCUGACUGUUUGCAAAGCAGAUGUGUCCCUGACAUGUGUACCAGCAAUGUGUGAAGGUCUUGAUUUCUCUACUUCUUUACCAAUACUUGUUCCGACCCAACUUUUAUUGUGACCAUCCCAGCAGGUGUGUAAUGGAGUCUCAUCAUGGCUUUGAUUUGCAUUUCCUGAAUGAGACUGAUAGAUUGUUGCUACAAACUGGUCUGUGAAUUUAUAAACAACUAGAUCUGAAUUCAAACCUCAUGCUAACGUGAUUUGGAGGGGGACAUAUUUGAUGUCUUAGAAUCUUUAUUAACAGACUUGUGAAGCUGAGGUUGACUUAUUUUCUCUGAAAAGAUGCACUGAGAAAACUUGGCAGCAUUCCGCAUGUGUUUCUGCCUUCCUCUCACUCUUCCCUGAUUAGCAUGCCCCCAUCAUAAUGGGACAGUGGGCCGGAAUGCUGUGUAUAUACACUCUGCUAAUUUUGCCACGAUGUCAAGAGAAAGAUCAUAGUUUUGAAAAGAAAGGAGGGUGGUGGUGAUGAUGGAUUGUCCCAGCACAAAGGAAAAAGGCUUUUCAUGCCAAAAUAAAGAAAUAAGAGCUCUGUUUUCCCCCUCCUCACAAGGAGAAGCAGAGGAUGAGGAGUGACCUAAUAGGCAUUCUCAGUGUAAGAGGGUCAUUAUGAGGAGGAUGGUGACCAGCUGUUCCUGACUCAAUGAAGGACUUCACAGGGAAAGGACACUGGAGCUGUGCAAAGCUGCCUGGAACUUGGCUAUUAGGUGCAGCUCCUUUGCUGUCAGGGUCGUGAAACAUUGCAAUGGGAAUUCAUCAAAUUUCCUGUCCCCAAAGUCCUUUCCAAAUGUGAUAAAGUACAUCUAGGAAUGAGAUGCCCAGAGGCAGGGCAGAUUGUUCCAACACACGUGUGUAAGCUCACUCACGUGCAUGCUCACACACACACACACACACACACACACACACACACACACACACACACAGAGCAAUUCCUGGCCCUACCCACCUCAGCUGCCCUCCCUGAAACCCCCUGCACAUGCCAGGCACCACAGGGCACCAUCCCCUCAUCCCAUGUUUUGGCUGGAUUGGGUUUCUUUCCCCAUUCUCCCUAAGUGCUGUGGGGGCGUUACCACUCCUCUCUAUUUCAGUAGAGAGUGAUGGGGUUUCUAUACAUAGCUGAGGCUUCUAACUUCUCUGGCAGCUCCUGGGUUGAAAGAUGCUGUUAAGAGAGAGGGAGGGGAAGAGCUAAGUAACUCCUUUAUUUAUUUAUUUUCAAAAAGCUCCCAAGAAAAGCUCAAAUGUUUGGUCCCUCAUUGUGACAGCAUGAGGAGGUGGAUAGUGUGGCCCUCAGCAGGUCAUUCAGGCUUGGAAGCUGAAAAACUCUGUGUUAAAGAUGAGCAAACCAAGGGCACACUAGGGAAGGCCUAGGAUGAGGGUCACAGAGAACAAGCCCCAUAUUUGUGACAGUUUUUCCAUUAGGGAUCAUGUCCCCUUCCAUUCUGUUUGUGGUGGGAACAGUGAGAGUUUCUGACCCAGCAUUCUGCUUUUCUCCUACAGUAAUCAGAUUUAAGAUGAUAGCUCCACCCCCAGGGCCAGAGAAAGGCUUCUAUUGGCUCAAUCUAAUCAGGGUAUUUUGUCCAUUUUGUCUCCAGGGUUACCUAGAAUCAUAAUCCUUAAACUAAUUGGUGUCCUGAGUCUCCCUGGCUCUAGAGAUUGUAGCUAUGUCCUUCAUAAUUUUGAGCUGCCCGUUCUUUUCUGUUUCUUGAUCACAGCACAAAGACACUGAUCCCUGCACUCCUAGGAGCCUCUAGUAGGAAUGAGCGGCAGCUUGGAACCACUUGCCUGCAACAGUAAACAACCUCCAGUUUAUGUUGGCAUUGUAUGAACAUUAGGAUUUUUCUAGUAUGCUAUGAUAUGAAGAGAGUUGGGAAGUACUGAGCCGGAAGAGACCAGGUUUGGAAUGAAGAGAAGGUCAGCUUGCCUUCAUCCAUGAACUCACUCAUGUGCAGUUAGAUCUGUGAGUCAUGUUCUUGGACCAGAAGAAGUGCAAGUGGCACCUCAGAGCUAUGUGCUCGACCUUGGAAGAUGGGUGUGUCUAUACUUAUACAAAGCUGUGACCCGCAUACCUAAAUAAACAAACUGAAGGGAGAAGGGUUCACUUUGCUUAUGCUUUCAGGAGGUUCAGUGUCUGUGGUUUAGUCCCUUUGGCAGAAUAUUGUGGUAAAAGAUAUUCUCUACUUCACGGGAGGCAGGAAGAAGAGUACAGAAGGGAUAAGAACUUUUGAAGACGCUCCCCAGUAACCUGCUUCCUCUCGUUCCUCCCAAAGGUGCUAUACCCUCACAGUAGCACCACCAGCUGAAGACCAAGUAUUUGACAAAAUGAGUCUACAUUUUCAAUAAUAUCAGUCAGUUUGUCAUGGUUCUUAUAUUACUGGGCAAUGAGUAAGGUGAGUGAGAAGGAGAGCCUUACAUAUAACACCAAACCAAUAGAGUUCUCCCCCACUACCAACUGAGACUAAUUCCUCCUUCCCAUUCACCUUUUAUCCCAUAGCUGUUCCAAGAGAGCCAUGAUGGCUUCUGUCCAUGGCUCUCUACAGGGGGAACUGAGUUAAGAUGAACCUGUGGGAAGCACUAUAUACGGCCGUGUCUCCCAAGAGCAGGUGCUUCCUGGGGAAGGAGGUAGAGCCAGCCCCAAAUGGUAAGAUGGCUCCAGGUUGAGUAAGGAAAUGUAGGGUAGAAUCUAGGCUCUGCCACUGUCAUUGUCAUUCUGGGAAACUGUCCUCUCUUCCUUGCUAGUCAUGCCAUGCCAUCUGAAGACUAGAAGAUAUGCUAUCCCCAUCCCAUGGAUAAUAGGCUCAUCGUUGAAUUUAAUAUUUCCUACCUGGCCAUCUUAGAUGACUGUCUGGAUAAUAAAAUCUUGUCUUCAGAAAUCUCUCUUGCUUGAUUUGUUUGAUUUCUGGGACCCUGCUAAAGGUUUGUUGUUUCCUCUCUUCUCUGUCCAUUACCUGAAUUCAAGCAGACUCACUCCAAACUUCCCAACAUAUGCCCCUCCUUUUGUAUCUUGUUUCGAGUUUCCAGGUGAUGAAACUGGCCUUGGCCUGGGUGGUUGUCAUGGAGAUGCAUCCCAGCUUCCCUCCUCACACCGGCCUUUAAGCUUUUCGCAGCAGCAACCUCUCUGGGCUAGACAAGGAAGAGAAGUCUGCCUUUGAGCUCUGUAUUCCCCCACCCCCAUUUUUUUUAUGGGGGAUGGGGUUUCAGCCGAGGGCUUUAAUGUCAUUUAAUCCAGGUUGUUCCACGGGGAUAGGGGAGGAGGAGAGUGAUUUAGCAAAAAGUCCAGGUGGUUUUCUAUUUGGCUUGUUGUACUAGCUAAUUAUCUCAAGUGGUAAUCAGAAUAAAAAGAAAAAAAAUGAAACCAGGGUAGCAUCCAUGUUAUUUCUAUUUUAUCAUGUUUUCCAAGCUCACAAAGGGAGGCAGUUUUAUUUCUCUGCCCUUUCCUUUUAAUGUCAUCUUCUUACUGCUGAUCAAAUCUUUCUGCCUAGUGAUAUCACUGUCAAGGCUGCCUCACCUUUUCAUUCAACACUCUGGAUACGAUCACAUCAAUAAUGUCUGCCGGAACCUCUGCUGAGCCACCGACUCUAGGAGCUUGUACUCAUCCACGUUUCUAGGAAACUCUCUGUCUCUCUGUCUCUGUCUCUGUCUCUGUCUCUGUCUCUCUCUCUCUCUCUCUCUCUCUGUGUGUGUGUGUGUGUGUGUGUGCACGUGAGGGUUUAUGUGUGUGUGGGCACAUGCAUGUGCUUGUGUGAACACAAGUGUGCAUGUGUGAAUGUGUGUGUGUGUGUAAAUGAGUUGCUGUGUGUGUGUUUAUUUGUGAGUGUGUAUAUGUGUGUAAGUGUAUGUGUAUCUGUAUGUGAGUGUGUGCCUGUAUGUGAGUCUGUGUGUGGGUGUGUGUAUGUAUGAGUGUAUGUUAGUGAGUGUGUGUGUGUGUGUGUGUGUGUGUGUGUGUGUGUGUGUGUGUAAAAUUUACCCAGAAUAGAUCUCCAAGAACCUCAAAAUACUUUCACAUUGUCUUCUAUAAUACAGGUAGAAAAGGACACCUGACCCUGCUACCACAAGUAGGUGAGAAACACUGAGGUACAAAAUGAAAAUGAAGGAUAGUGUACACUUUUUAUAGAGUCUAAGAAAUGAGACAGGUUCCCAUCUAGUGACCAAAAAGGGAAAGCACCUAUGCUUCCUGACAGGUCUGUCAAUCCCCCAGUGGGUUUGGAAAGCAGAGCUUCCCCUAGAAAUUCUACUUACUGAAUUCUCUCUGUAGAAAGACAGACUUAACAAUGGUAGGGGGGACUGGGGACAUGGGUUAUCCCUACUUCUUCUAUGACUGACCUUGUAAAUCACUUUUAUGUUGUUUCUCUGUCCCCAAAGGAAAGAAAGAAAGAAAGAAAGACUGAAAGAAAGAAAGACUGAAAGAAAGAAAGACUGAAAGACGAAAGAAAGAAAGGAAGGAAGGGAGGAAGGAAGGAAGCCAAGAGUUGAAACACUUACCUACCUCUCUUCUCUUCUUCACAACUUUUGAAGUCGUGAAGAUCGUAUAAAGCAUGUAAAACAUGCUAGGAAUUUAACGAAAGCAUCGAGAUAUCUUAUUCAGCCUUUCACCUGUUCUCUAAAGUCAGCAUUGUUUUGUGAUGUGCAGAGAUGUCAAACAACUUGGCCUAAGUCCCAUAGUAGCAAGUGAUCAUACCUACACCAGAAUCUGCUAACUUCAACUUGAGUGCUUCUCAUGAACCCACAGCUAUCCAUGGGAACGAGCUUUACUCAGCAUUGAGGCAGGAUUCAGAUGGUAGGUCAUUUCAAGGUCACCCCAACAAACAGCCUGCUGUAGUAGCUUUGGGAUGAUAUGCAGCCCUGUUGACCAGGAGUGAUAGGGGCCUUAGAGCUCAUGUAGCAGAUGGGGAAGGGAGGAAAAGGGACUUGGGGGGGGGAGAAGAGAAAAAUGACUGGGAAAGGAAGCCAUGAACACAACCCUCUAGCCUGGCAGAGCAGAGGGUAAAUGUGCCAUGCCAAAGUCCUUUGAGCCAAGAGAAAAUGUGUGUCUUUAUCUUUGUCAGUACAAUUUAUGGCCCAGCUGGGCUCUCCUGUGAGGUUGGGGCUAUUCUGGCACUGCCUGCAGAGUUCCUCCUGGGGUGAGACUCUUGGAGCCUCUGGGACACUGCCAGCAACUUCCUGUAGCCAUGGUUAUUGAAGAAUGUUCCCACUAGGAUUUGGCUGGUUCAGCCAGAAGAUUUAGGGGACAGAUCUAUGGGGUUCCCAGAGCAGCUAGCUUACCUGAACUGGGUGGUGGGUCCAUGGGUUACAUCAUUUCCUUCCCCAAUAUCCCACAGACACUUUUCCUCAACUCAUUCGCUCAUCCUAUUCAUUCGGUUCAACACAGCAGGCUGGUGGUUGUUACUGCCCUAGGGGAGUGAUUGCAUUUCGUUCUGUGGGAGAGCACACUGGGUAUAUUUGAGAUUUCUUGCCCUUAAGAAAUAAGCAGGAGAAAAACAUUAAUGUUUAAUGCAUAUAUAACAAGCACUUUGGAUGAACAAAUUGUUGUAGCUCUUUGUUUCUCAGACAGAUUUUUUUUUCAGUUGCUCAUAUCCGGGGAUUAAUGGUGGUCUUCGGAGUGUUGCUUUAAUACCAGAGUUGGUUAAGCAAUGGAAUGUAGUACUGGGCACUUUGGAGGUGUUGGUAUUUACCAAAUUGCCACCCUUAAUGGAUCAAUAGUUUAGACUUAGUGAUUGUAUUUCAUUGGCUAUUAAAUCCUCUGCUCGUGUGACUCUCUACUUUUGCACCUAUUCCCAAAAGAAAUGAUUUUAAAGACAUGCCCCAAAUGUAGAGGAACAGGAAUGAAUUUCCUCAGCCACUCACUCGUUCGUUACACUGAUAUCCAUCAGCUGCUCAUGCCUAUUCUGUUGGAGGAAUAUUUAUUGUCUAUAAAUUUGUAGUGAGAACACUGAGGUAGAAUGUUCCAGCAAGCACAGAUAAUCCAGCUACUUUACAGCAGACAUCAUUUCCCCUUUUAGGAUAGGAGGUCUCCUCAUGGCGGUGUGGCUUUCAACCCAGGAUGCCUACAUACUGGGGAGUUGGCACUGCCACUCCUUGUGUUGGCAAGCAACGCCUCAAUCCAUCUCUUCCUUGUCACUUGAUUAAAUCCCAGUGCUGAGAAAUGAAAUGACCACACUUGGAGAACAGAAGUAAAAAUAGAACAUGUUUUGAUUGGCAGCUGCUGGGGAUCUACACACAAUCACCAUGGAGUUAAUAGGACAGCUAAGGGAAGAGAAUUGGGAGACAGCUAACCACAGAGGAAGCAUCAGGGUCCAGACCAGGCUCUCACUCAACAGGGUCAAGGGUUGACUACUUCAGGCACAUCAGAGGUACUAUGGGAUAGAACAUCUUCAUGGUCCAUGGUGGGGUGAGAUGCCCUUCACUGUUCUGGUCUCUCAUCUACAGGGAACUAAGUUUUUCUGAAGUCUUAGUUCCGUAAAAAGCGACAGACUUUUAUUGUAUCAUGGCACAUAUAGAAAGUGAUUUUCUGGGGCACACAGCUGACCCCCAAGAGCCAAGGGGGCUGGGGGAAACCCCUGUCACGAUAUUCCUGUACCUUAUUAAUAGUCUGUCUUCUAUGCUUCUCACACUGUUAGGAUGAGCUCACAAAAGAAAACCUGUCUCCCAUGGCAAGAGCAUAGCUUUCAAGAUGGCAUCCCACCUGUUCUCCUGCCUGAGACAAGAGUCACAGUGUCAUUAGAGAAGACACAGCCAUUCACAGUGGCAGUGGGUGUGAUGAUGAUGAGUGUGGGAUGGCAUUUGUGAGUGUAAAUGAAUCAUCCGCCUGUGCUCCUCGCUGCACUGUGUGGCCCAGGGUUUACCCUCAUCUGAGCCUCACUUUUCCUAUUACAAGUGCUCUCUAAGGAUUUGAGGAGUCUCUUCCACCUUUAAGUGAGAAUUUCAGAAAGCUCACUGAGAAAACACACAUACUUAUUAUGGACUAGUCCACAUGGAAAGAACUUUCCAGAUGGGCCUGGUGGUAUAAAUCUAGAUAUUCAAGGGGUAAAGCAGGAGGAUUACAAACUCAAGGCUAGCUUGGGCUACAUGGGUUCUAAGAUCAUCUCCUGAAAGCAUAUACUCAACAUUAUAUAUACUGAGUGAGUUGUAUUUAUAUGUUAGGAAUAUAUAUGCAUAUACAUAUGCAUGUAACAAUAAUAAAAAGGGGUCAUGAAUUUGAAAGAGCAAGGAGGAGAGUUUAGAAGAAGAAGCAAAGGGAAGAGAAAAAUGAUAUAACCUAUUAAUAAAAUAAAAGACAAAAUGAUGAAUAAUUUUAUGAUAAAAAAUCAAAAACAUAAUAAAAUUUGUUCAAUUCUUUUAAAAAAUAAAAAGUGGGCUAGAGAUAUAAUUCUUUGGUAGAGUGCUUGUGUAGAACAAGGAUCUGUAUUUAAUCCCACUAUUAUUUUUUCAAUUUAAGUGUGUGUGUGUGUGUGUGUGUGUGUGUGUGUGUGUGUGUGUGUUAUAGCAAACACCUCUACCCACUGAUCCAUCACAAAGGCCUAACCAGUAUUAUUUAUUCAUUUUAGUAUGUAGUUGUUCAUUUUAGCAAGUUGUUUUUGUAGUUGUUUGGUUUUUGUUUCUGUGGUUUUGGUUUUGGUGUUAGUUUUCUUUUUCUUUUGUUUAAGAUAGGGUUUCAUAUAGUCCAAGCUGGUUCAAACUCAUUAUGUAGCUGAAGACAACCUUGAAUUUCUGUUCCUCCCAACUCCACCUCCCAAGUCCUGAGAUUAAGCAUGCAGCAUCACACUUUGCUUGUUUGUUGUUUGUUUGUUUAUUGCAUUGACUUGGAACAUUUUUAUAAAGCCCUUCGAGUAUAGUCCCUGCUCACCCCACCAUCUUCCUCUCCCUCCUGUUUGUUCCCUUUGGCCCCCGACAGUUUUGAUUCUGUUUUCACUCCAUGCACAGAGAUGUAAUCUUAUGUACCUAUGUAAAAUCUAUGAGCCACAAAGAACAGAAAGCGUGCAGUAUUUACCUCUCUGAGACUGGCUUAAUUUAUUAAAUAUGAUUAUUUCCAGUUAUAUUCAUUUCCUUCAAACAAUAUAGCUUUAUCCUUCUUUUUUGCUGAGGGAAUCCUACUGAACUUUCUCCACCAUUCCUCUGUGAUAGACACAUCGAUUGGUUCCAUACCUAGCCAUCAUGAACAGUGCCAUGGGACCCAUUGGUGCCCCAGUAUCUGUGCCAUGGGUUAACUUUCAGUCCUUCAGGUAAAUUCCCAGGAUCAGUGUGGCUGGUUUAUACAGUCAGUCUUUUGGGUCAUCUAUGGGACAUCUUUGAAAACAGCUCUCUUUACAUUUUCCAAGGGUGUGGUCCUUGUGAAGGACAUCUGCUAGAUGCAUGCAUUCCCUCGGAAACACCCCAGGGACGCAUUUGCCUACACAGUCAGGCUUGGAUAGCUCUUCUUAAGCCAUGUGGAAGACUUAGAGGCUACAUACACAACUCAGUGUUAUCUCUGGUCAUCCUGGGUUAGAGAAACAGAAGACAGAACUCUGCUUUGGGGUUAUGAUUUCAAAUGGAUUAAAUGACACACUUGUCGACAACAUGGUUUUAAACCCAGUUUAAUUUAUAAAAACAGCAAUAAUCACAGACACUUCUUAUUUUACAGCCAAGAUGGAUCUGCUUGCAGCUCAUUAUAUUCCUUGAUUCUUUAUUUGACUAAUACGAGUGUGUUACGGUGGCUCGUGAAUUCUCCCUUAUUACCAGCAUUGUUCUUCGUACUUUGAUCCAAUGUUAUUAUUUUGGUCUAGUUUCCUUUUUCUUUAGUUUUCCAUAAUGUCUCAAAGCUUUUGUUUUAUUUAUAAUCAUACACUUCUUCAUGGCAGAGACAAUUUUGUUGAUGUUCCAGGGAGGAGGAAGGGUAAGGAACAGAGCUAGACUGGAUGGUUCCCCACAAAACCAUUUCCACACCAAAGGAAAACCAUGGUGAUGGAUUUGUUCAUGCUACUUCUUGCCUGGCAUGGUGCCCGUGCUUAAAGCCCCUCGAGUGCAAGGCAUCUAAAAAUGGACAAUGAUGUGUCCCAGAGUGUGUCUGAAUACUAUUUUGACUAAGCAAUCCAGUCAGUAGCUUGAAUGAAUUCAGCAAAGUGACUCACUUUCUUCAUUAGAUAACAUUAGUACCAAUUCUUUAUGUGGGAUAAAUGGUUCCUAACUCUAUUGGUAUGAAGACAAGACUUAAUAUACAUAUAGCCUGGCCCUUUUGAGUCUGAGACUUUCUGCUUCCUGAUCUAACCCCUCUGACAUAGACAGAAGCCAUUCCCAGAUGCAAGGCCUUUUCCCAUCACAGACUUGUAGCUUUUAACCAUUAGGCAGAGUAAAUCCUUCCUCCUCUUAGUUGCUUUGGCUACAUUGAUAAGCAAAGUAACUACCACCAGGCUAGGCUAAUCUAAGAUAAUCAGUAAGUUAAAUGCUUGCUUUGUUUCUUUGUUUUUUCCUUAUGAUAUUUCAACUGACUGUUGGUUAUCAGUAUAUCACCUGAUCACAUAUGCAUGUGUGUAUGUGUAUGCAUGUGUGUGCAUAUAAUUUGAUUAUCUGCACCCAGUAGAUGCUUAAUAAUAUUAAAUUAUUAUUUAAUCUUCCUGAGGAACUUAAAAUAUAUUGAAAGAAAAAACCUCCAACAACAACACUACCCCACCAAAUACUAAGGCGUAUGCUCUAAAGGAACAGGGUAGGGGCCAUGCCGCAGACAGAACAUAAUGUGGGGUUCUUCCAGUUGGAGAGGGGUGUUUAUUUACAUUCUGGGUAAAAGGUGCAGCCUCAAUCCAGGUCUAGGUGGAGAAGGUGUGAGUGAGCUGGUAAAGGAACAAUAGGGCUGGCUGAAGCCCUGGCUCAUGGACAGAGAUGAGGGAGGGUGGAGACAUCAGUCAGGCCCAUUCUGCCAAGGGCUUGAAUCCUGUUAAGAUUUAGGUUUGACUCUAUUUUAGCAAUUCUAAAACACACAUUUUUCCUUCCAUUUUCAACGUCUCUGAAAAUGAAUGCAUCUUACAAUCAAUGCAUUGUCAUACUUAAUUGCUAGUGCUUUUUUUUGUUUUGUUUUGUUUUUUGCUUUUUUCUUUCUUUUUUAGUAGUACAUAAAAUUACAGUGCGCUGUACAACUGGUGCCUUAGUUUAGAUGAAAUGCUGUGUGCUAAAGGCUGCAAGACCCAAGGAUUUUAGAAAGCUCCCUGUUUGUCUCUGUGCCCUCUUGUCUGCUUUUCUCUAUUGAGCAAAGCUGUCUUUUGGGGGUGCUAAAUUCAUGGUUCUGUCUGUUGUAGGGACAAGGGUAAGGAGACCCAGGUAAGUGUGACCCUUCCUUCUCCCCAGGGGCUUCUCCCCACUGGCUCUCAAGGACAAAAGGGCUGGUGUUGAAGGGAGGAGAGCAGGUUCAGUUGGCAGGAACACUGACAAAUAGAUUGACUUCCAGUAUCACCAUCAACCAGACAGCUCAGUUUAAUUCAGGGUAAAUAGGGAUACAUAUAGAUCUUGGGGAGUGGGUAAGAAAUGCCAAGGUGGAUAUAAGCUAUUGGCUAGGGUGAAGGCCUGGGAAUGCGUCAUUUACAUAGAGAGAAAUUCCAAGAUACUCCUUACCAGGAGAGAGGAAGUUGAACCUGUAAAUCUGGUCACACAUUAUGUGACUGUCCUCAGAGGUGGGGACAUUCUACAUUUCUUGUGUUGCCCUUUCUUCACCAGGCUUCACUUUAUCUGGUCUUUAAAGGGACCAGAUACACGGAUACCAUUGCACUCUGCAUUCUUUUACCAAGUGAGCAUCUGAGCUGGUUGGGGGGAUGGGGAGGAUGGAACCUCUUGUCAAAACAUAUCUGUAGGCUUCAAUUUAUCUUCUGCCUCCUCCCUGAAAAGUGCUGUCAUAGAGAACAGUGACAGGCAGCUGGCACCAUCCCACUGGCAGUUUUAUCAGCUACCCUACUUAUUGACCAUGUAGCAAACUCAACAUCUGAAUGUGACUUUAGGACAAGUCUUCUUGGGGGAGAAAACGGCCCUUUCCUUGUCGGUCUCGUGUUGAAUGUGCAAAGGGGACAGCUGGACCAUCACUUUCCAUUCUUAUUUGAAGACAGACUCUGUGUCUUAGUCAGUUGUAUGUCUCCAGAGCCAGACCCUUGUCACCCUCUGAUAUUUGCAGUGUGGUCACUAAGUAAUUUUUGACUGAAUGCUAAGCAUUGUUACUCUUAAGAGACAUUUCAGACUAGUCUAGGAGGCUGUAUGUCUAUCUAUAGAAUAUCCUCCUAUGGUGAGGGUGAGGAUGUCAGAUAAUCACUGUAAAUAUCUGUGUAAUUACUCUGCUGGCAGCAUUUGAAAGACAAUUUGUCCUGAAAGCAUGAAACAGCUCAUGUUAUGAAAAGCAUACAGCACCAUGUUUUCAGUCGCCCUUAGUAGUUGGCUUUGAUAACUUGAUGCUUCUGUACAGUACACAAGAGAUUACCCAUACAAGAAAAUUGGCAUUCACAUUCAAUCCCAAAGGGAUCUGGAGUGGUAAGAGUUUACAGGAUCCUCAGUGGCCUACAGACGAGUCAUUGUCUCCUUUAGGGCCUGAAGGAAAUUUGGUGUUCACUGUUCUGUUCCCCAUACUGUCCAGAGAGGUAGAGUCGACCCGAGUCCCCCAGCUCUUAACCCAAACUUCUCUCCAAGACAUACAUAGCUGUCCAUUCCACGUUUCUUUCUAAAACUGACAUUAAGACCAUGCCCUCCCCUGUAGUAUGCAGCUUGGAACAUGGAUUCUAUGGGUGUGGAUGUGGCAACAGAUUUGAGAGGCAGCCAGUUUCAGAGGUAAAUAACAGGUUUCUAUAGUGUCUACGUGAUGAGCAGCUGUCUCCCCUCAGCACAAGAAUUACCAGGCUUAGCUUGCUCCUCUGGGAAGGACUUAGAGCGGACAAAUAGGAGAACAUCCUUGCUUUGCCCUCUGGGCUUGGCAGUUAUGGGAACUGCAAGGGUCAGUGCAAUGAACCAGAUGUACCCAGCUGCCAGAAAUGACUUUUCCCCCUGCCCCCACUACAUGCAACCCUUCUCUCUCAGUGUGGAGAAAAACCAAGUUAGUGAGCAAGGGGCAUUUUUGUCCAGCGUAGACACUAUCACAGCAGAGCUUCACAUUCCCCAAACUGAUUACUUCCUGCUCACUUGGGCAUGGCAGCUGCCCGUGUCAUUUUGGAUGGCUUCUUUCUUAGAGUUAGGUCAGGCAGAGAAGGUUCCAGAUUUUAAACAUUACUUCUACAGGAUAGUUUAAGCUUGCUAUAACUGGGGAUUAUUGGUUGAUGACAGAGGUCUACGAUGUAGCUACUGGUGGACUAGGCAUGCAAAGAGAAGAGUACACCUCCCUGUCUGUCUAAUAGCCAUUUGAGCACCAGUGUUGAGUAAGAAUGAAUGUGUCCAACACAGGUACAGGCGUACCAUUUUUUUAUGUUUCUGCACAUGUAUGCAAGUAUUCACAUAUACAGUUGUAUGUGCUUCCACAGCAGGGGAUGUAUAUCUGACCUUGCAUGUGUACAGCACUCCUGUAAGAUUUUAUUUGCCUGUGAGCCCACAGCACAGGUGUGCAGAACAGGUAUCUAAAAUAUGUCUAUUCUGAUUUUGCUCAUGUGACGCUUCCCCCCCUCUCCAAUCUUUCUAGGGAAGAAACUGUGCAGCGUUGGCCAUGUAAUAAAGAGAAGCGCAUUUCUACAGAGCCCUCCUUUGCCCUGCAGACACAUUGCCACAGCUUUUAUGCAGCACAUUACACUGUGGUGAAAUUUAGUUAAUUUUAUGGUUUGUUAUUACAACAGCAGAGAGGAUUGAGAGAAGCAGCUUUUGUUGGCUCCCAGUCCCACAUUUCCUGGGUGUGAAGGGAGUGAGUAGAGGCAGGAAGCUGGCUGUGGUAGGAGAUGAAGUCCACAUAGAAGCAAAGUGGCUGCUCUGAUUGGCUAUUAAUUUUUAGACCUACAGGAGUUAUUUCUGUAGUCAACGGAGACUUGGCUGCUACCCCUGUGGAAUAUAAAUUUUGGUCAGGGAAAUGGGGGAGACAGGCCGAACAAUGAAGAAGCAAUAGAUAGGUCCAUAGUCAGUUCUGCUGAGAAGUGUCUUAGUGAAGAGAGCUCUGUAGCGUGAACAUUGCAUGUUCAAAUACCACCUUUACUUGCUAUGUGCUCCCUUGUCUCUGAUCUCAACUUAUUGUCUGCUUUAUUUGCAGGUAGGGGGCUGGCAGGCCACUGCUGCUAUUUGAAUCUGAAUGUCCUCCAUGAUUCAUGUAUUCCAGUGUGGUCUUUUAACGUGGAGACGAGAUGGUAGAACCUUUAGGAGGUGGCCAUCUAAUGGAAGGGUCUUAGGUCAUUGGGAACGUGCUCUUAAGAGAAAUGUAAAGACCUCCAUCUCUCUUUUGUUUCUGAUCAUUAGGCAAAUCAAACUCAGUAUUCUACCUGUAUAGUAUGCAGACUUAUCACAGACCUGAAGGUGACAAUGCCAACUGACAUGGGACUGAAAAUACCAAAACAUCCCUAUAUCAACUGAUUGUCUUGGGUAGUACAUUUAUUAUACUGACAAGAAACCAACUAACCCCUAUCUUCACAUACCUGGAAGUCAAUACCUGCCACACAGUUAAUGUUCAGGAAAUGUACAUCUCAGCUGUGUUCCUGCCAAGGAAACUCAGAGAAUACUUCCAGAAACUUCUCAACAGAGAAACACAGAGUGGUCAGGUUAUGAAAUCAGGCACGUUCUGUCUAAUAAAUCCCCCAAGGAUAACAACCUGAGAGGAGGAGAGCUUUACUGCGGUUCUUGGGUUCGAAGGUUUCAGUUCAUGGUUGGCCAGUCAGGAAACAGAGUAUCAUGGCAGCAGGAGCAUGUGGCUGACACAUUGUUUGCCUGCUGCUGAACCGAAAGCACAGGGAGCAAGAGAGAGAAUCUGACUCUCCGUAGCCUUGUACAAGUAAUCUCUUGUGCACUGAAUGGAAGCAUCAGUGGCUUGAUCCAUUCAUGAAAUCAAAGUUCUUAUGGUCCUAUCACUUUGCAUAAGCCCCCUUCUGAGCACAAAUACACUGGAGAUCUAGUCUCCAACGUAGGAGCUUUGGGGGCAUAUGUCAGACCUAAACUAUCAGAUACCAAGUGAGGAGUGACUACACAUGCACAGAUCACAAUGGACAUAUUUCUGAAGCUCCUACUCCACACCUCUUAUCAGGUCAUACCAUCAAGAACUUGUGAAGGAUUAUUCUGGAAAAGGCAGAAUACAGGGGGGAGAAAUGUAUGCUGCUCAGAUCAUAGGCUCAGUAUGCUGAAUCUGGCCAGGAUUAAAGCCUGUUAGCUGAUUGGGGGGGAUAAACUGUCAGUUGCUCUGAAUGAAACAAAGCUAUUGGCAUACUUAUUUGUGUUACUAAUCGAGCUAAUUAAAUCUUAAAUCCAGAAACAGUUAACAUGGACUAGAUUACUUCGAGAGCAGAAGCUAUUUUCACGAGAACAUGGCUUUCCCUCUUGUUCUCAGCUGGGUCCUCGAUUGCUGCCAUGAGCAGUAAGGCAAGCAGAUGAUAAAGAAUAUGUCAUCCCCACUUUCAUUCCUCCGAGGUCUGGCAACUUCUCCCUCAGUCUGGGAGGCUGUUUAUCUCUGUGCCCAUGGUGUCUUCCUUCUCAGCAGACAGUAGCCCAGUGGCUCUGCUGGUAUUGCCAAAGGUACCAGCAGGCCCCCAUCUCCUUCUACAAUGUGAGACCAUCUUCACAGGAAGCAACAAAACAGAUAGAAUCAGGGCCUUUGGGUGAAGGUAGGCCCUAGAGUCACAAUUUAGAGAUGCUGUGAAUCCAUGUUUGCUGGGUUUGAAUGAGAGAAAAACAAUGAUGUCUUUGUUUCAUGAGUUGAAACUCAUCAUUUCCUGGACACUGUCAAAACGUACCAAUUUAAUGUAGGGUGGCCUUGAACUUUAAUGAUUAAAUCAGGGUUGAGGAGGCUUCUAUUGUAGUCCAGGAGCCCCAUACUGAAAGUACUAGAAAAUCUCCAAACAAGACUGAGUCACUUAAGGAAGAUUAACUUUUGUAAUGGGGGCAGGGGCGGGAGGAAGGUGGCAUUGGGAAUGAGCAACCUCUAACAGAGAACGCAGGCUUCUGAGUCAGCGCAUCAUAGAAUAAUUAGACCUUGGCAAUGGCUGAGCCACCCCCUUAUUACAGAAAAAGGAAGCCUGUUUAUUUAGUGUCUUCCUUCUAGACUCAAAGGUUCAGAUUCCUCAUUAUUCCUGAACCCUUAGUUUCUUUACAAAAUGUUUGUUGACACAUGCAUAUGUGUGUGCGUGUAUGUGUGUGUGUAUGGACACACAAGUGGACAUGCAUGGGUGGGUAUGGGCACAUUUGGAGGGGGCAGAGGACAACCUUAAAUGUCAUUAUUCAGGAAGGCUGUUGUAAUUUCUAAGAUGGGGUUUCUUGUUGUCCUGAAGCUCACCAAUUGGGAUGUACAACUACCUAGCCAGUGGACUAAGAGAUCUUCCUGUCUCUACUUCGUUAACGCUGGGUUUACAGACAUGUACAAUAUUUUUAUUUGGGUCCUAGUGGUCAAACACAGGUUCUUGCAGUGCUUGGAAGACACACACUUACCAACUAAUUCUCCUCCACCUCUCAGUCUCAGAGCCCUAACUUUAACUUCAUGGUCUCUAUAGAAGUUGAUAUGUAACCAGCUCCACCACAAAGACUUUGCUUAGGACCGUCAUCGACUUGUGAUACACAGCCCAGGGAGGGCGAGCUGUUAAGAGAUUAAAAGACAGUAAGUUGUAUUUCAAACUAAAACUAUGCUGACUAAUUCUUUUUAAUUAACAGAAGCAGUGCAGAUUUUCCCAGGGCUUAGAACACUUAUCUCCAAUGUUGAACUGUCAGGGUAGAGAGCCGGCAUUCUGGUUAACAGAAAGACCUGGUAACAAGAACCACCGAGCUUGCAUUUUUUAUUAAAGAGUUUGAAGUAACAUUUGAAAUAAAUUAGCCUCUGUGGACAGCCACCUUGUUAUAGCCAAUGUUGGCAUCCCAGCCACUGCUUAGUGGGCUGUCUGAAGGUAGGCUUGAAGAAAUAGCAGGGAAACUCUUUUUCCUCUCGUGAAGAGGGGCGGGCUGUAAGAUCCUUGCCCUCUGCUCUUCCACCCAUGUGGUCCAGCCCCGAUGCUGCCCUAAUAUCCUUUCUGAGCCUGAACUUGGACUUCCCACUGGUUACUAUCAGGCCACAGGAUCCAAAGUGUCUCUUGCUACACUGAGCAAAAUAGCUCACAAAGCACCAGGGGGUGAUUCUUAGCAGAGGGUCUAGUUCUUCGUGAAUAUAAACAUGAGACCGCUUUCUGUGCAAAAAAAUGUCUACUUCUGUCCACCCCCUGCUGCUUCUGUAUCUUACACCAGGCCAUAAGAAUUCUAUUAGAGAGAUGACUCACACUGCAGAAACCAGAAGUUUGAGAUGCUAUAAAAUCAUCCCAAUUAUUAAAUGCAUCUAAUGAGCAUGCAAACAGUAACUGAGUGUGUGAGCAAAGCCCUGUUUGGCUUGAAGGACUUUAAUAAAUUAAGUGAGUUCUCUUCUUGGAAGAAAGGGGCGUCAGGGGAUAGGGGAUGUACUGAAGGAUCCUUGCAUACUGCUAAUGCCAACAGGCUUCCCUCAAGGUAUUCCUGGCAUGGUUUACAAGGAAACGUUCAUGGCAAAGCCUUGGAGAGUGUCUUCCUUCAUGGAAUCUCGCAGUAAGGAGAUACAGUGCUUCCUUCCCUUUUUUGGGUGGGCUGCUUGUUCUAGGUGUUCUCUCAGAGUCCCACAAGUCUCAGCUCUCACUCUGGGGGAAGAUCAACCUUAUGAAGAAGCGCCUCUACAGAUAUAGACAAUUCCUUAAAGUCACCCAUCCAGAUUAGCUGCUGAGGACCUACUGCAGCCAGGGAUUGCUCUCUCUGUUAGCAGUAGAAGUGCACAUGUGUGUGCGCAUGUGUGUGCGCGAGUGUGUGUGUGUGUGUGUGUGCGCGUGUGCGUGUGCAUGUCUCCUUAUGUGGCCUCUUCUACUACUUGUCCUUGCCUAGGUUACUUGUGAUUGCUACACACACACACACAGAGACACACACCACCACCACCACCACCACCACCACCUUCAUGUCCCUUUUUUUCCUCCCAGGGGAUUUCAGGGUGGGGAGCAGAUGCAGGGUGGCAGAGCUUCCUUCCAUAACCACGUGGGCAAAUUGACAUUAAAGUGGACACUCCUUAACAAGUCCCCCUUCUGGAGACCUCUUCCUGUGAACCCCUAGUAGCAGGGCCCUGCCUAAGGGAAGCCGUUCUGAAGCCUACACGAUGGACAGCAAAGAUCCAAAGAACUAAUCGUCCUGAUCUCCAACUACAGCACCAGAAACAGCCACUCUUCUUUCAAAACCCUCUAAUCCAGUGACUAGAAAAGGUGAGAAACUCAUUAAUGUGUCAUGAAAAUAACAUAAUGGGUCAUAAGCAGAAUUUUACUUUAGGAGAGAGAGGGGAACAUGAAUGCAAAAAGAAAUGCUUGCUUCAGUCCAUACAAAGAACUGUCCCAGUUCGUUCACCCUUGCAAAUGGCCCAAGUGAUUUCUUGCCUCUCCUUGCAAGUGUGCAUGAAGGCAAAGGGAGGAACUGGGGAUUUCAGAGGCCUCUGGAAUGUUUCCUUAAAUUCGCAAUGACUUUACUUUUAAUAGGCAUGAGUACUUGAAGAGAACUUAGAAAUUGUCCACUUCACCCCCUUUAUUUUACACAGAUGACAUACUGUCCAUGAGGGUCCACUGUGAAUCAACACAGCUGAGCAGAAUCUACAGCCAGAUUUUAACCCUUAAGUUCCCCUUCCUCUUUCUCAUGGGACCUCAAGUCUCUGACAUAACUGUGGUGUCUCUGCUGCUCCUAUGGGUUGGUAAGGCCAGAUUUAGCUGUCUCCAUCUAUCCUUCCUGCAGUCUACAUAGCACCUUUACUUCUGACCAUCCCCCUUUCUGUACAAGAGCCCAGGGGAAGUUAGAUCAGAGUGCCGGUGUUCUGGGCCCCCUAAUGGGAAGGCAUGGAAGGAGGACUAAGAGCAGUUGCCACCCAUGAUGAUGAUGGGAGAAAUACUGCACGCUCAAGGUUAUUAUUAGAUUUAAUGGCCGAGUAAGCAAUUUACUUGGCCCUAACGGAAAAUAUUUCCUGACAACUCUCUAUGGUCAUAGGACCUUGUGGGAGGCAACUAAGAGAAACUUUGUCAUCUCUGCUGGGAGUAACAUAUGCUGGGCUCAGGUUGGGGUGCUCUUCUCCAGAAGCUCACAGCACAUGUGGCUCCUUCAGGGCCUGCAUCUCUGAACAAGGAUGAGAGCAGAGAGUUGCCAGCCUGCAGGGUCCAAAUGAUUGCCCUUGGCAGAAGAGGCCAGAGCUCUGUCGCUGGCAAAGAGGCCAUGUGCAAGGUUGUGAUGGCCUCUUGGCCAGCUUCAGCUGACAUGGUUGAGGGGCUGGAGGCGGCGGAAGCCCCUGUAUCCAUCUGCUUUUUUGGCUCUCAGCUAAGCCCAUUAGAAAUGUAUCUCUGCCUCCUGAUUGCUCUUCUGUGCUAUUAAUUUGUAGCUGUAUUAAUUCCUGCUGUUAUUAUACAGCCAGGUGAUGCAGAACAAAGCUCAUUAAUGUGGCCCAGGAGCAGCUCUCACCACUUGGGCUGACAUAUUCUUCUCCGCCAUCAGGCCCCAAUCCUAUCUCCACUUACUCUGUCCUGGCGUGAGUGGAGUCUUGAACCUUGGAAAAUGACUGGCAGGACCUAAGACUCAGGUAGCUAUUUGGAGGCACAGGUAGCUAGUGAGAUACAGUACAGGGGAUUGUUUUGCUCUGUGAGUGCCCAUGGCUGGCUUUCCCCUUUAUCUAAAAGCACUACCCGCUCAUCCUCAUGCCAGGUGUCCCGGGCUGCUGUGGGGAUGAGUAGGAGCCAGGAUGCACCGGGUCACAUUCACAUGGUGUCUUCUGGGUGUGAUCUCUGUCUGUGAUCUCAGACAUCGCCUUCCUUAUGUGAGCUCAUUGAUUCAUGGCCUAGAUCAACCCCACAGCUCAACACAGUCACUGGUUCUUCAACCAAUCAACUGACUUCUGACUUUCCUCUGUACCCAUCACCUCUAAAUUGUUCACUGUUACUGUCCAGAAAAAAAAAAAGCUCUAAACAAGUGUGAGAGGCAGGUCAGGGUGAUGAAAUAAAAGCCGUGGUGUUCCUGGGGAGUCUGGGGGCUCCAGAAGGUCUGGAGUAGGCCUUGGAAGAGUAAGCUUGGAGCUUGACUCAAGAGACAGAUUUGUUCACUUACAGUCAGGUGCAAAGCAUUUAUGUUGGACCCGGGGACCAGGGAUGUCCAAUGUUUUGAGGUGAUGUCACAUUGUCAUCUAUGAAAGUGCCAGGCCUUGUCCACACCCAGGCUUUGUUCCCUUGGAGUGUGGAAGAGAGAUAGUACCAUACUCACUCUCAGUCAGCCACUGUGAGCCAGUUGUGUCCCAGAGUCCCCCAAUAUUAGGUGUCCAGUACUCCUCACGCUUAUCACACUGUGCCUCACUGUCCCGUCGGUUCCAGCCAAGCUGGGUGCCUUCUAGUCACUCAAACACCUCCAGCCUUUCCCACCUCCCUGUCUGCCCAUGAUUUCAUUUCUUUCCCACUGGAAGAAUGUCCACAUGUUCCUUAAGAUCCAGCUCAGAGAAAUGUGCUCUGCAUUCCUUGCCUCCCUGCAGGCACACACGCACGCACGCAUGCACGCAAGCAUGCACGCACGCACGCACAGAAUGAAAAGUACCUCAAAAGUGUGUUAAGUAUUGUGUGGUCCUGAUGCCUAGCACAGAGCCUGGCUUCUGUAAACCCCCAGACAAAUGCUACCUGGGUGGUAAAGUCUCCCACACCUUCUGACUAUAAAACCUUCAUUGUGGUGCUUAGGGGAACUGGGUCAAGUCAUCUUAUAAAGUUUCAGGGACAGGUUGGGGAAAUGGGUCACUUGGUAAAAAUACGUUUGUGCGAAGACUUGAAUUCAAACUCUUUUUUUUUUCCGGAGCUGGGGACCGAACCCAGGGCCUUGCGCUUGCUAGGCAAGCGCUCUACCACUGAGCUAAAUCCCCAACGAAUUCAAACUCUUAAAACCCAUGUAAACCAAAGUUGAUCCACAAUUCUAGUAGUUCUUUUUCUUCUUUCUUCCUUUCUUUUUCCUCUCUCUCUCUCUCUCUCUCUCUCUCUCUCUCUCUCUCUCUCUCUCUCUUUCUUUUGCAAGAUGGGUGGCAGAGGCAGGAGAAUUUUCUCCAAGUUUGCAGGACAGCUGGCUUGGGAUAUAGAACAAGAGACCCUAUCUCAAGCAAGGCAAAAGGUGAGGUUGUUCUCUGAUCUCCACAUACACACACACAUACACACACACACACACACACACACACACACACACACACACACACACACGGUGGCAGGGGAGCAGGAUUAGAACCCGAGAAGCCAGGUAUCCCUGGGGUUCACUUCCAUUUGUCCAUCAGAAUGGCUGGAUGUGCAGUGAUCCCAGAAGCCAGCAGUCAUCCAUUUUAUCUUGAUGGCCUUUGGUCCCUCUUGAGAGUGGCUAGUGCAAAGAUCUGGCAGCUUCUUCUUAUUUUGAUAAUUAAAAACACCCUGGUUGAAUAGGAAGCCUGUUGUGCAAGGACAACAAAGCAGCUGGAAUUGGCUCCUAGCUCUGGGCAGUGCCACCACAAUUAAAACUUGUGCUUAAUCGAUUCUCUCUGGUGUCUGUGAAGGCAGAGUGUGACAGUCAUUGCAUCCCUGGGGUGUAGGGCCAGUGGCAAGGAUAGAGGCAGGAAUGGGGCUAAGCACCCUGAUUGGAGCCCCAAGGGUACACCAGGAGUUAACGUGCAUAGGAAGAAGGAAAAGCUCUAAGUAAGUGUGAGGGGUCUAGGUGUGGAAAUAAAAACAAUGGUGUUCCUGGGGAUUCUGGGGACUCCUGAGGGGUCUGGAGUGGACCUUGGAAGAGUAACCUUGGAGCUUAACUCAAGAGACAAAUUUGCUCUUUUACAGUCCGGCAUACAGCAUUUAUGUUUGGCCUGGGGCCCAGGGAUGUCCAAUUUUCUAAUGCUGUGAUGUGACAUUGUCAUCUACUAAAAAUGCCAGACCUCAUCCAUAGUCAUUUUGGAACACACAUAGCCUAUGGACUAUAGGUCAGACAUUCCUGGUAGGUGUUUCCUUUGUGGAUCAACAAAGGAAGCCUUUGAGCAGAAGUCCUAAGUUGGAGUGGGCAUCAGGUUCCUGGCAGGGCGGAGACCACUGGGCUCUAUCCUGAGGUUUUGAUCCAGGAGCUUCAGAAGAAAGCCCAGGCUAUGCAUUUUGAAUACAUUAAAGGAUGCUGAUGAUGGCAACCCCAGGGCUGUGUUUGGGGAGCCACUGUCCUGGAGAAAUAAAAGCAAGCUUUCCCAGAGAACAAGACAGUCCGCACUGUCUGAGGCAUGCUCAGGGCUGAGAAGAGAUAGCCUUUUAUUUAUCUUCAGUGGUCUCUCUCCGUCUGAGAGUUCCCAAGAGCAAGACAGGGUACAGUGCUUUAAAAGUACCCAGCAGCAUCUAGCACAUGUAACUCAGUUGAAAGCAGUGGAUUUGACAAUUUUUCGUUAUUAUUAUUUUUGUCAGCUUGCUCUGCCAGUUUGAGAUGCUCUUCUAGGUGGCCGCAUCAUUCUGAAUCUACGUCCCUGGCUUCUCUUUGAGGCAAUCAUCCUGUAAGACUGGAUAGUAAGGGACUCAGAUGAGAAUGUAUGUGAGUCUAGGUAGCCUGUCCCCAGGAUAGAGAACCCUCUCUACAGAAAGCCCCCUCCUACUAAAUGCCUGGCAGACCCCAAGCAACACAUUAUCAGGAUUGGGAAGCUUCUGGGUCACAACCCCAUGAUGGGGAAGUACCACUGGAGUUGAUAUUUCCCACACCCAGCAGCACACAAAAUGGCAUCCAUUUUUAUCACCACAUGUUCUGCUGCAAUGGUCAGCCCUUGAGCCAGCUCACUCAUUGCCCCUGCCCCAGUUGAUUAGACCAGGAGCAGAAUUUGAGGCACGUCUUCUAGGGAUGGUUCUUUGUAGGCUGGAUUAUGGUAGGUGAGCUGUACCAUUUGGGGCUGUGGUGAUAGGGCACGGUGCAUGCCAGCUGCCCAGGGACAGAAAGGUCAUCUUCUAAGCCUUCCCCAGAGCUGCAGAAAAGCAGAUGUGUUUUUCUGGGGGGUGUUCUCCCAACAGGCACAACAAAGAGACUUCUGGGUGGUGCAUUGAUCUUCUGGUCACUGCCCAGAAUUACACAGUUGCAGAGAGUUUUCUGGAUAGCUCCUGGGUAGAGAAUAUACUCCCUGGGUUCUGAAUUCUAGGUGCUGUCCCAUAAACUCCUCUAAAGAAGUUUCACCCUGCAUCUAGCCAGGAGUAUGUUGAGCCUCGUGGCUUCUGCUGAUAACGCUACAGUCGAUAAUGUCUACUAUAGAAAACGGUGGUACCCACUCAUCCUAUCUAAGACACUGGACCAAGAGGCUUGGGCAGGAUGAGAUGACUUCCUUACCAUGCCUUUCCAGAAUCUUGCACAAAAUGCUCCUUUGUGUAGUCCUCCCCCAACCUUAGGAGCUUCAGUGAUGUCAUGAAGUUUGGAGGGGGAGGGCUACCACCCUGCAUUUGGGGGAGGGUGACAGGGGCCGAGAGGAUCAGAAAUGCAGCUGAGAAGGUGGCUCAAAAUAGCUCAUGGAGAACAGGCUUCUGCUUGACAGGCUGACAAGGAUGUGCCUGGAGCCAAACGCUCCUCUUUGAAUGCUCUGUCUCCUUCUAAUUAUGGAUCUGUCAGGAGGAAGAGAAGCCAGCGCCUGCCUGACCCCUGUGACCCCUCACUUAACGUGGCAACAGGGAAGUAAAGCGGAGUCCCCAUUAGCAGGGUCAGACGCCUAGGGCUGCCAGGACCAGAACUGGGAGCAGAAUUCAAAGGCGUCUUCUGUCACAUCUGGCACUCCACCUCUUACUUCCAUCAGUACUUGAAAUUCUUUCUUCUCCUCCCCCAUUACCCAGAGCUCACCUGGGCCUCUCAGUGGGAACAGGGGUGACCCCUGUUCUCAGAGUGUAGUAUCCAGGGCUAGGACCUCCUUCUCUAAUACGUAGAUGAACCAACUGGUGCAUGAGAAGUUACUGGAAAUAACCUCACCAUGAGAAACUGGUUCUUUGCUCCUUCAUCAUAGAUAGGACACAACUGACCACACACUCCGAUGAAUAUUUUUUUACAGAUAAAAUAUCUAUGCAUGAAACCUUUUAUAGAAGGAUUUAUAAUUUUCUCUAAUUUAAUGAACAACUCGUGCAAACUUGGGUUUUACUUUUGUCACAGAGUACCUGCUUACAUGUCUAAGGACUCAGAGUAAUAGCACAUAUUGCCAUAAUGGGGUGACCAGGCUGCUGUAAGGUUGGUCACUGCAUUGCAUCAAAAUGGGUUUAGCUUUCCAGGCAAGCAAGAUGCUUAUGGGUCUUAUUCUGGACAAAGAAUUUACCUCUUUAGAAAAUUUUGGAAUAGGUAUGAGUGUUCCCUUUUUUCUUUCCUUUCUCUUUUCUUUCUUCCUUCUCUGAUUCUCUCCUUCUUUCUCCAUUCCCCCCCAAAAUACUUUCUGUCUAUCAGUUCUGUCCCUGAACAGGGCAUAGCCACUGUAGGUAAGGAAAAGGCAGACGUGGAUCCUGCCUCUGGGGAGUUUACAUUCUUACAAGCAGGAAGAAAAUACAUAACUAGCUGUGGUUUCAGGUAUCAAUAUAAAGAAAAUAAAAUAAUAAAAUAUAGUAAUGAUAAUAAAUAAUCAAGUUGAAUGUAUUAGAGGAAUGGGAGACGUCAGAGUUGAGAGAGUCAAGGAAGGUGUCUCUGAGGAGAGGUGUUUUAGUUAAGGUUUUAUUGCUGUGAGUAAACACCAUAACCAUAACAACCCCUAGAAAGAAAAAUGUUUAACUGGUGCUAACUUGAGCUUUAGUCCUUUAAAAUCAUGGUGGGAAGCAUGGCAGCUCGAAGGCAGACGCGGUGCUGGACUUGUUGAGAGUUCUACAUCUGGGUCAGCACAGACACUGGGCCUAGUUUGAACAUUUGAAAUAUCAAAGCCCACCCCCAGUGACACACUUCUCCCAACAAGGCCGCACCUCCUAAGAGUACACUCCCAAUUUGUCUUUGGGGCCAUUUUCACUCAACCCACCACUAGCAGCGUUUGGAGGCCAGGAGAAAGGGGACAGUUAUGGGAACGUAACACACGGUAACUAUAUCUGUGUAUAAAGGAAAAUACAUUGACUGCAAUAAAGCAUUUCCUUAGAAACAUGAACUAAAGCUCUCUGUUCUUUUUUGCCCUCUUGGUCCUUGGCUCUCAGCUACUUGUCCCCUCUCCUCUCUCUCUUCUCUUCCUCUCUCAGCCUCUCUUCCUGACUCUUCUCAUGGCCCAGUUCAGUCUGUUGGCCAUGUUCUUUCUUAGAUUUUUCCAGAUGCCUCUGGCUGUACUCUCUCUCAUAUCUAUGAUAAAAAUCCUUCUCCUCAACCAUAAAAGAGAGAGAGAAAGGAAAGAAGGAAGGAAGGAAGGAAGGAAGAAAAACUGGAGUAAGACAAUAUGCAUAAAGUAUAUUUACUGUGCAUUAUUGAAUGAAUUGUGAUUCUUACCACCCCAAGAUUAUAUAUUGAACUCCUAACUCCUGGUACCUCCUUGUUUGACUGUAUUUGAAGUAAGAUAAUUGUAGAUGUAAUUAGUUAAAAUGAGAUCACUAGGAUGGGUCAUAGUCUGGUACCAAAUAUCAAAUUCAAAUAGAGAUGUAUAAUAGUGUUUAUUUAUACACAAGACUGGUUCUCUGUAUAUACAUACAUGUAUAUGCUCACAUAUUCAUUUUUUAUUUACUUAUAUAAACUGACCCAUUUAUUACAGAGGUAGCAGAGCUCACAGUUGGCCUGCUGAGGAACCAAGAUAUUAAUGCUAUACUCUCAGUCUGAGUUAGAGUACGAAUGCAGGAGACCAAUGUCUCUAUUUGAGAAUAGACAGACAACACACGUUCUCUCCCAGCAUGCACCUUUCGUUUUAUUCAGACCUGUUGUGAGUGUCUGACACCCAUAUAUAAAAGGAAGGCCAACUGCUCUACUCAGUUCUUGACUCAAAGCUAAUCUCAUCUAGAAACAUCUUCACAGAUGAACCCAGACUAAUGUUUAACCAAACAUCUGGCUACAUAGGGACUCAGUCAAGUUGAAUCUAAGGAACUAGCACACAAAAUGACUCAGUUAAAAGCAUUUUGAAAAGAUGAGAGAUGGGAAGAAGGAGGUUGGAAGACUGCUAUGCCCUGGAUGUUGGCUUCUGGGGCAUCUAUUGCCUGCUGGUCCUUGGUAGAACUUCAAGGCUCAUGUACACUUCUUCUUUUUCCACAGCCAUCUCUAACUUCUAAGAACAACGUGGAGAUUAGCUGCAUCCUUCUCAUAUGGCUGUGGUUAUGGAGGAUCGUAAACUGGGAGGCUGAGACACUGGGAACUUAUUCUCUCUCUCACAGUUCCAUAAGACAGAAAUUGGAAAGAGAUAUAUCCCCGCAGCCCCAAGAUUCAGCAUGGAACCUUUCCUUGCCCCUCUUGACUUCUAGCAUUGACCUCCUCUUUGGGGUGUUCCUUGGCUUGGACUGUGUUACUUUAUUCUGUCUGUAUCUCCUCAUGGUGCUUUCUUCUUACUUAAUGAUGCCAGGAUUUUUGAAUUAGGCUCUGCCUUAGUUACUGUAUCUUAUCUUGAUUAUAUCUGCGAAGAGAUAUACAAAUUAAGUCCUAGUCACAGGCAUUGAGUGGGACUCCAUAUGCAUUUGGUUGACACAACUCAAGACUCUUGUCUCCAUGGGUUUCUCACAGUAGCCAAAGAUAUGAUGACAGGGGCCUUGGUUAUUAAAUUGGCAAGAAUUACAUUGUUCUUUCAGUUAUCAACAAACUGUAAGUGACCAGACACCCAGAAAUUUCUCUGAAGCCUUGAAGCACCCUCGCCCAUGCCUCAGAUCCAAGAAAAGGUUUUUUUCUAUUAAAUUGUUUUACAUUUAUUUGUUUAUUAAGAAAGUGUAUGUGUGAGCAUGCAGGCACACACAUACACAAACAAACAUGCACACAUGCUUGUCAGAGAACAAUUUCUUGGAAUCUGAUUUCCCCUUCUACCAGGGGCUUCAGGAAUUGAACUCAAGUCAUCAAACUUAGUUAGUAAGUGUUCUUAACCACUGAGCCACCUUGUCAGACGUCCAACAGGGGAAGUUUUAAAAUCAAACUGUGGCCACUGAGUGAGAUUUGCUUUCUUCUCAAAUGUGUAUCCAGAAGUUACCAAAAGAAAGGGUAGGUGGGGCAGCCCUGUAAGCAAAGGCAAGUUGAAGUAAGUGUCUAUUUAGUCUAGCCACCGGUGUUCCUGUGGCAGUCUGCCAGUCAGAGAUCCCAGUAAAAAUGUAGGCAGAGAAGGACCCUGGUGCCUCUUCUUGGUGCUCUGUUGGGGUGGGAAUUCUUGACUGUAAUCUUUUCCUGAGGACAUAAGGAAGGCCCAUGAAGGGUAUUCUGUUUCCUGUCACUCACUGACUGCCAUUCAAAUACCUUCCCAGAAAUCUUUGGUGCUUCUAUUUUUGGCAUGAUUCAGCUUUUAUUCAUUUUCUGUUGUCUGCCCCCCUCCCUGCGCACCCAUACAAUCCUCCCAGCUCAAACUCUGGCUUCAGGCAGGACUCCCAUUAGCCCCAGGGACUGGGGGGAGAAACAUUUAAUCUGCAAAAUUACUUUGAACUUAUCUGAAGGGGGGCUCUUGGAUUCAUGGUGUGAUUUCAAUAGCCAAAUCUCAUUCCAGUCUCUGUGGGAAGAUGGGGUGGGGGAGAUUUACUUCAGCCAUUUUAUCCCAAGUAAAUCUUGACUAUCUUGGGUUUUACAUUUUAACGAGAAACAAGCACUUUAUAAUAACGGCCCAGAUUAAACUCCAACAUACUUUCAAACCAUUAACCUGAAGGAAUUGUAACGAUAAAUUAAACAUAUUAAUGAUGCUGUACUACAAGCUCAAAAUUUGUUAGGUAAUUGUAGAUUAUUAACAACCAACGUGACUUAUCAUCUAUCAUUGGGGGAAAAUGGACUAAAACACUGAUUACAUAGUAUGUACACAUUGGCAGAAUAAAUAAAAACAAAAAUGGCUGUUAACAGGAAAAGCAGACCCGCUAGGACAUUUUCAUGCAGGAUUCAGAGAAGGCAGCUCUUUUCCACAUGGUUCUGCCUCUCUCUCCAUCCUUCCUUCACUCCCCUUCUGCUUUUUCCUCUGUUUCCCUUUCUCUUCUUCUCUUCCCAGCCAUCAAGCUCACUGUGCUUUGAGCUUAGCAUCCCAGUUGAGGAUUUGCUGUGAAUAACCUUGUCUAUGGUUCUCCAGUAGCUCUGUAGACAAUACAAGUGUCUGCAGUCUCUUCUUACCCAUUGUCUUGCUGUCUUUGGUUACCUUAGAGUUGCUCAAUGUGGUCCAGGUCUUCAUUGGUCCUCUGGUGGACAUUGUGAUUAUUUGUACCUGAAUUUAUUUGUAUUUUGUGUGGAAUCACUAUGUGCUUGGAGGAGCCACAGUGAGAGGAGGAUCACACUACCUUAGAGGGUAGGGUUUAUUUCCCAUAGCUGCCAAGAUACCGAAGACUGGUGACCACAAUAAUGAUGGCAGUGGUGGUGGUGAAGUCUUCCUGCUAUGACAACCUUGUAAAUUUCGCCAUGGUAUUGUCAAUCUUGGGUUGAGUCCUUUUUUGGAACCUGAAAUAAUGUUCUUCACCUAAUCAUGGUCACCACUCUAAGCUAGCAGAGUUUUCUUCAACCACAACGCAAGAGGUCCUCCCGGAGGACUGCCUAGCACAAUGACAACCUAUACCAUAGAGCCCUUGGGAGACAGGAGGACAAUAGACCUGCACUGGAGGAGAGCAUCUGCCUUAAUGGCUAGAAUAAAUCUUCUCUUCACCUUUCCAUGGAGAAGUGUGCUGGGUUGACAGUGACACAAAUUAAAAGUCAUCUGACAGGAAGAAGCCUCAAUAAAAAACAAAACAAAACAAAACAAAUAAACAAACAAAAAAAAACAGCUUCCAUAAGAUUGAGCUGUAGCCGAACCUGUGGAGCAUUUUCUUAAUUAGCGACUGAUAGGGAAAGCCCAGACUAUUGUUGGCGUUACCACCAAGCAUCUGGCCACUGGUUCUAUGACUCAUGGGUCAGCCCUAAGCGUUAUGCAGGCACAGGUGAUUUAUAGCCAUCUUAUGGGGUAGGAGAGAAGGGCUAGGCAAGGUGAAGUCACAGGGACCACAGCUCAGUGGCCACCUGAGUUAUGAGUCUCUGCUUCCAUACAUCUCUUCCCUCCAUGGAUUCCCAUUAUGUCACCAUAGUGUCCCAUGGGCGCCAGAGGAGCAUACACUGAUAUAAAUGGCCCCUCCUCCAACCUUGUAGUUCUCAUCCUGAAGUCUUUUCUGUUUGCAUUUUCAGAAGACAAAUGAGAGCAGUGGGGGGACUGACUGUGCCUCUCCCCCUGAAUGACCCUGAACAUCACAGAAAAUGGAGCCUCGGGAUUUUGUGACAUCCUUUUCCUCCUAAGCAUCUCUUCUUGUUUCAGAGUGACUCAAUGACUUCCUAAGCCCGCAAUACAGAACAGGUCACAAUAACAUAAAAAAUGCGUAUGCUAGGUGAGGUAUUUAAGAAGUAAAGGCAAGGAGAUGCUGUCUCCAGCCUCCGGAAGCAGGAGAGGUGGGGAGACUCUGCUUCUUAGGUGUGCUUUGGGGAUUGAAAUGUCAUCAGAGUCACUAAGAGGGAGCUGUGGUCAGGACACCCAACUACUCGUGUGUGUGUGUGUGUGUGUGUGUGUGUGUGUGUGUGUGUGUGUGUGUGUGAGUGUGUGUGUGUGUGUGUCUGACUGUCUGUCUUGGGGGAGUGCGGGGUGUGGGUAUGUGAUUGCUGGUAGCCUCUGAGGCCAGAGGCAUCAGAUCUCUCUGGGACUGGAGUUACAGAUAGCUGUGAGCUGUCCACAUGGGUGCCGGGGAUCAAACUUUGAUCCUGAGUAGUACCUUUCUUAACCACUGAGCUGUCUCUCCACCACCACCCCCCUCCUCCCCACCGUGUGCCCUCUUGCUGUGUGGUACAUACUUCUCUCGAAUCCUGAUGUGGAUGGAAUGGAAAUAAUUCGGGCAGCCUUUUUAAGGAAGCUAAACUCAAGCAAGCCCUUGUCUGUCCGGCUUAUAGAUUCUAUGCAAAUUGGGGUCUCAGACCAAAGUGCCUGCCUGUGAAGAUGUCUAGAUUCUUCACACAGUCUCUUUGAAACCCCAUCCCCUCUCUGUGUUCAUUUUGACUGAACAAUGAUUCUACUAUGACUAUCCCUGGUUUGUGCUUCAGAUCUAAAAGAUGGAAACACUGGAUUCAAAUCUGCCAAGAGCUUCUAUUUGCACGGUACUCUGUAUUUCUAAUAUCCCUCCUCCCUUUCUCCUUCCACGGCUUCCUUUCUUGUGCAUGUUUAGACUGGGCAGAGUUCCCAGGGACUUGGGACUAUGCUAGGGGUUUUCCCAUCCCCGUACAUGAGUGUGCCCAGGCACGCACAUACGCCUACACUUUUAGUGCAUGCAUCCUAUCUCUGCAGAAGACUUUGUUGUAACCCUCCUCACCUCCCCACCGGAAUAGCUUUUAUUUCUUGAGCAUUUACCAGGUACUAACACCUGUCCUCCAAACCCCCUUCAUGUCUAUCUCUCUGCCUGCCUGCAGCUCUGUGUGCAGACAGGCACAUACCAGCAUCUAAGGUGGCGGGGAAACAGCUUUUCCAGGGGAUCACAAAUAUGAGCAGAUGCCAGGGAUGGCCCAUCAUCUCUUAUUCAUAGUAGUUGUUCAUCCCCUGGAUCAGGCAGUGUGUACAGAGACUGUCACUGCUGGCAUAAAGCACAUCCAAGAGGUUGCCACUGGCAGCUCCCUGGGAAUUAGACCAUGGUUUUAAAAACAAAACAAAAACCCAACAACAACAAACGCUUGCUUAGAACUCAGACACGCUAGGAUAACUGUAGAUCUUAUGUUCACGCACACCCUGGGCUUGACAUUCUUGCCUUCAGCAGCUUGGCAGAUAGGAAAAAAAAUAUAACAGUUUGUUUUGUGUGUGAGCAGAGUUAACUUAACCAACCCCUGGCAAGCUUUCCUCUCUGUCAAGACAAAGUGAUGGAGGGAGGUGAGGACAGGCAAGUAUGUAUGAGGGCAGCCAGGUAAAAAGAGACAGAAGGCAGGCUGUGAUCACAGGAGUAGACAUUCUCAGGCUGCCCACAGGAGGCCAUGUAGAGGGCCUCAGGGAGGAGCAUGCCUGCAACGGAGCACAGAAGGAUGGGGAGAUCUUGGCAAUAAGUGAUGUUUGGUUGCUGGCCGUUGCUGGGGGCACUCUCAUAUCCUCCGCUACUAAAAUUAUCUCUUCAAGUACAAUAAAGCAUCAAGGAUUAUUCAGUGCAGGCAACUUAAUGGAUUAAGUCCUCUGAGCUUCUGAGUCCACAGAGUUCGACUUACUGUUGAGUUCCCAAAUGCCACUGGACAGUGGCAGGCCCUCAGAACCACUAGCACGGAAGCCUGAAGCUUCUUGCUUUAAAUUCUUCUGACCCAGGAUGUCCUGAAGGCUGUAUAUGAAUGUGGUUUGCAUACUGUACCCACCAAAAGAAACUCUUGACCCAGUGAGAAGGAAAAGGGGGGAAUGCUGAGACCCCCAUCUCUGUUCCCCUCUUGCCGACAGAAGGGAAGAAGUGAAAGACAUCCUUCUUUGGUUUCUAGCCUGCUACAUGUUGAACUGCGGUCCUCCAAAAGAAAAA